AUGUUCGUCACGGAAAGACUGAUCUCCAUCUACUCCGGACUUCUUUCAUCCCCUGAAGAAGACAUUAGACAUUUCGCUAUGAAAUGGAUACUCGAAUCAAAAGUCACUCUGGAUCUUCUAGAGAAAUACAAUGUUCGAAUGCUCGUUGAGCAGCAAUACUACAUCACUCAUGAGUUGGCUCGUCAUCUGCUCAAAAAAAUUGGCGAUCUUGAAGAGGAGCUAGAAAACGGGGCUGGAUUCUAUACGCUGACUCCGUCGCCAGUCAAACGACGCAGAAGUAGAUCAACCGGGAAGUUCGUGGGCGGCAUUGAGAUUAUGGAAGGUCCAGCUCGCAAUCUCCAGAAGCAACUCGACCAACAUUGCAACAAAAAGCAGUGA